AUGGCGGAAACCACAAGAUCGGGGCCGCAGGUCCUAUCCCUUGGGAUGACGAGAACAGGGUCCGCCUCCAUAACGCAGGCUCUCACAAUUCUUGGGUAUAAGAACGUACACCACGGCAUCCAAGCCAUCGGCAACCCGAAAGACUGGGAGGUUUUCUCGCGCGCAUGCGAUGCGUUCUUCCCCACCCUCCCGACGUAUAACGGACAGCCGUUUGGGCGGUCGGAUUGGGACCAGGUCUUUGGGCAGUGCGAAGGCGUCACCGACAUGGCCUCGUUCUUCGCGGUUCCGCUGGCGCACGCCUACCCCGACGCCAAGGUGGUUCUGGUAGAGAGGGACAUCGAAAGCUGGUACGCCAGCAUGGAGGAGGCCAUCUUCGGCACGACGUGGGGCUGGCGCGCGGACCUGAUCAUCGACGUCUUCGGCCGCCUGAUGGGCCUGACGGGGGGCCUGACGAUCCGCAAGAUCAUGCUGGGUUACUACGAGGCGCGUAGCGCAGACGAGAUGCGCGCCAAGGCGAGAGACAGGUACCGGCGCCACUACGCCGAGGUGCGCGCCGCAAUCACCGGGAACCGGUUGCUGAACUACGACCUAACGGAGGGCUGGGAGCCGCUGUGCGCGUUCCUCGGCAAGCCCGUGCCCGACGUGCCGUUCCCGCAAGCCAACAAGAGAAAGGAGCACGUCGCGCGGGUCAGGGCUAAGCAGAACAUGUUCUUCAAGGCGAUGGGAAAGAAGAUCCUACGGAUGGCCAUACCCUGGGUUGUGGGCUCAGGCGCCGUAGCUUUCGGGAUAUGGGUGUUGCGCAACCAGGAACACGCGGCUGCGCUUCGUGCCGAUGCUGAAGCCUGGGUCGGUGUACUCAAGUCGACCUGGAAAGAUGCCAAGACUUCAUUGUUGAUGUAUACUAGAUUCAAGUGA